UUAAUCCAAGGCGGAGCAGCCUGGUCCUACCAGCUCCACCCCUCCCCACACUCCCUCCCCGUCGCCCAAACCCUUCGUCGGGCGCUCGACCUCAACAUCCGCGCCUUCGACACCUCUCCCUACUACGACCCAUCCGAGCAAAUCCUCGGCGCCGCCUUCCAGGACCCCCUAAUCAGCUCCGUCUACCCCCGCUCCUCCUACCUCCUCAUAACAAAAGUCGGCCGCGUCGCCUCCUCCACCUUCGACUACUCCCCCGCCGCCGUGCGUGCCUCCGUCGAGCGCAGCCUCACCCGCUUCCAAACCUCCUACUUCGACGUCGUCUUCUGCCACGACGUAGAAUUCGUCUCGGAAUCUUCCGCCCUCGACGCCCUGGCCGUCCUCUGGGGCCUCGUGUCCGAGGGCAAGAUCCGCUACGUCGGCAUCUCCGGGUACCCGCUCGGCACACUCAUCCGGCUCGCGGGGCUCGCGCGCGAGAAGUUCGGCCGCCCGCUCGACGUCGUGCAGAGUUGGGGGCAGCUGACGCUGCAGAACUCGCGGCUGCUGAGUGAGGGGUUGGAGGGGUUCGGGGCCGCGGGUGUGGGCGUCGUGUGUGCUUCUUCGCCGUUGGGGAUCGGGUUGCUGAGGGAUGGGGGCGUGCCGGAGGGGAAGUUGGGGGAUUUUCACCCCGCGCCGAGGGAGUUGAGGGAGAGGGUUAGGAAGGCGGCGGAGGUGGUGAGGGGGAGGGGGGACAGGAUGGCGAGGUUGGCGCUUAGGUAUUCGUUUUGGGAGGCGGCGAGGGAGAGGGGGGAGGGUGCGCCGAGGGUUUGUGUUAUUGGGGGCGCGGGGAGCGUGGAGGAGGUGGAGGACUUUGCGAGCGCGUUUGAGGAUGCGAGGACUGGGUGGAGGGAGGAGGAUGAGAGGCUUGUGGGGGAGGUGAGGGAGGUGUUGGGGGAUUGGGUGGAUUAU